GACUUGCUGUUUUUCCAAUGACGUAACUACAUAACCUUAAUUUAUUUUUAUUUUUUAAAUCAAAUUUAAUAAAUUCCCUGGAAAGCCACCGAAAUAUCAAUAAUCAAUCAGUAUCAAUGUCUUAAUUUUACUUUUAGUUAUUAAAAGCCAGGGUAUAUUAAAACAUAUCUAAUUUACAUAUGACACUGACAACUUAACCUAUAAUUGAAGGAAUCUAAAGUAACAAUUGAUUUCUUGACAUAUUUUGAAAAUUCUUAGUGUAAAUAUGAAAUUAUAAUUCUAAUGGUGUAUGGAAUCAAAUAUCUUGAUACACUUUUUCUUGGGAAUUUCUGAAAAAUUUUAUAAUGGUAUUGGUAUGAAAGCUGAAUCAGAUCAUGGUACCAGUUUCAAUAAAUUAUUUAAUUCAGACCAAAAUACAGAUUAUGAUCUCAUCGUUAUCGGUGGAGGCUCUGGUGGUUUAUCCGCUGCAAAAGAAGCAUCCUCUUUAGGAGCCAAAGUAGCCGUUUUGGAUUUUGUGACUCCCAGUCCGCAGGGUACAAAAUGGGGUUUGGGAGGUACUUGCGUCAAUGUCGGUUGUAUCCCAAAGAAAUUGAUGCACCAAGCUGCGUUGCUAGGAGAAGCUAUACAUGAUGCACAGACAUAUGGAUGGCAAUUACCACAACCAGAAAAUAUUUCUCAUAGUUGGGAACGAUUAAAAGACGCUGUUCAAGGGCACAUCAAGUCUGUUAACUGGGUCACCAGGGUAGAACUAAGAGAUAAGCAAGUAGAAUAUAUAAAUGGCUUAGGAUCUUUUAUAGAUGCAAAUACAGUAAAAGCAGUAACAAAAAAAGGAGAAAGAACGAUUACUGGCAAAUACAUUUUAAUAGCUGUAGGCGGAAGACCGCGUUAUCCAAACAUUCCGGGUGCCGUAGAAUAUGGCAUAAGCAGUGACGACAUAUUCAGUUUGGAAAAACCUCCAGGAAAAACAUUAAUUGUAGGAGCUGGAUAUAUCGGUUUGGAAUGUGCUGGAUUUUUAAAUGGUCUAGGUUAUGAAGCGACUGUGAUGGUAAGGUCAGUCCUUCUCAGAGGAUUCGAUCAACAAAUGGCUAAUGUGAUUCACAAUGAAAUGAAGGAAAAGGGCGUGAAAUUUUUACACAAAUGUAAUCCAAAAGAAGUUACUAAAGGUGCAGGCGACAAACUUAAUGUAACAUGGAUCAAUGACAAAGGAGAACAGUUUUCAGACACUUUUGAUACCGUUUUAUUCGCUAUCGGCAGAAAGGCAUUGACUAAGGAGUUACAAUUGGAGAAGGUAGGAGUUAAAGUGGCCGGUGAUGGAGAGAAGAUCGAUGCUGUCAACGAACAAACUAACGUUGCAAAUAUUUUUGCAGUUGGAGAUGUUCUAUACAAAAAACCUGAACUCACACCAGUAGCUAUUUUAGCUGGUCGUUUAUUAGCUCGACGACUAUUUUCUGAUAGUAAUCAAAUGAUGGAUUAUGACAACAUCGCUACUACAGUUUUCAGUCCUUUGGAAUACGGUUGCGUCGGUCUUAGUGAAGAAAAGGCGAUCGGAAAUUACGGAGAAGACAACAUUGAAGUUUAUCAUGGUUAUUAUAAACCGACCGAAUUUUUCAUUCCACAAAGAAGUAUUGCUAACUGUUAUUUGAAAGUGGUUGCGCUGAGGGAGAUGCCUCAAAAGGUAUUAGGGCUGCAUUUUAUUGGACCCAAUGCUGGGGAAAUCAUCCAAGGAUUUGCUGCUGCUAUCAAACUCAACUUGACAGUGAAGGAUUUGAUGGAUACCGUGGGAAUUCAUCCGACUAUAGCUGAAGAAUUUACAAGAAUAAAUGUGACUAAACGUUCCGGUAAAGAUCCUAACCCAGCUUCUUGCUGUAGUUAAAAAAUACUCAAGAACCAAUUACGAAAAAUAACUAAAACUCUUUAUUUUUGUACAUGUACAACCUAGUUAAGGUUCAUCACUGCAUUAUUUUCACUUGAGCUUUUUCGUGGCACAUUUUGAAACACAAUAAAAAGUUCUUUUAACUUGUCUUUGUCUAAUUUUUAACCUGUCAUAUAUAGAUUCUCUUAUUAUUUAUGAUUUUAUUUUGUGAAAUCUGUUCAAAAAUGAUAUAAAUAUUAAUAAAAUACACACUAUUGA